GCAACACGAACAUUUGGACAAACACGCGCGUCAGUAAACAGCAGGCGGGCGCGAGGGAGCAAAGGUUAUUUUGCCUACAGCGCGAUAGCGACAAUGAAUCCGCCGACUUGAUAACCAGUUGAUAUUUAUCACUCGAUUAGGAAACAUGUUGAAGGGUCUGGUCGGGCUGGUGACGGGGGGCGGGUCGGGACUGGGGCUGGCCACGGCGGAGCUGCUCCUGCAGCAGGGCGGCCGCGUGGUCAUCUGCGACCUGCCCACCAGCGGCGGCCGCGACGCCGCCAAGCGUCUCGGCGAGAACGCCGCCUUUGUACCCGUCGACGUGACCUCGGAGGCUGACGUGAAGACAGCGUUGCAGAGCACUAAGGACCGCUUCGGACGCCUCGACGUGGCUGUAAACUGUGCAGGCAUCGUCUCCGCGCAACGAAUCUACAACUUCAAGAAAGAUCAGCCUUUCGACCUUAAAACAUUCCAGAAAACUGUUGAGGUGAAUCUUGUGGGUACGUUCAACGUGAUCCGGCUGGCGGCCGGCAUGAUCGGCAAAAACGCGCCCGACGCGGACGGCCAGCGCGGCGUCAUCGUCAACACUGCCAGCGUGGCCGCCUUCGACGGACAAAUCGGGCAGGCAGCGUACUCUGCGUCCAAGGCGGGGGUGGUGGGCAUGACGCUGCCCAUCGCCAGAGACCUGGCCAAACAGGGGAUCCGCGUCGUCACCAUUGCCCCGGGUUUGUUCCGGACUCCCAUGAUGGAGCAAAUGCCGGAGCCGGCCAUCACGGCGCUGGAGGCGCAGGUGCCGUUCCCGCCGCGCCUGGGCCAGCCCAGCGAGUUCGCGCAGCUCGUCGACGCCAUCAUACGGAACCCCAUGCUCAACGGCGAGACCAUUCGGCUAGACGGCUCCAUACGGAUGCAACCUUAACCCUUCGUCUGAGUUUCAUAAGGAUCCUAACAUAAGGCGUUGGACUUAAAAAAAUUAUAUCAAAGUUAUGACAAUUUGUUGACAGAAAUAAACGAGGGGCUAAACUCUCAAAAAGAACCCUCCAAAAUUUUAAUUAUUAUAUUGUAGAUAGUUUGUUUAUAUAAUAUAGCCUCUUGCCGCCCAAUGUACAAUCAGAUGUGCAUUUGGUUGCAAUGGAAUUUCUACUUUCAUGUAAACAAAUAAAGUAGAAUUUCUUUUGUUUCUUCAAUUUUUCGAACAAAUGAAACUCAACUCAAUUUCAAGUUUACCUAGAAUCAAAAUCCCAUAUCAAACAUUUUGUAUGGUGGGCGUUACGAGGAUAGAGGUUGUUUGUUUGUUGCUUGCCAUAAACGCGCUUUGUAGGCAGGUUAAUUCAUACAAAAAUACAAGCAAGCGAUAAAGUAGGACCUUUGACUAGACCACGAUAGUCGAAUGAGGUUGUGGAAUAUUCAUAAAAUGAACGAAAUGGACCAAAAUAAUUACAAAAACAAGCACAUUUUACGCUAGUUUUUUGGACACUGUUUUCAGUACCUAAGUAGGUAUUUAAUAUUUUUCUACUUUACAUAUUUUAUGAUUAAAAUGCAUAUAGUAUACAUAGUAAUUAAAAGGAGCAAAGUUAAUUAUUGCUAAACGGCUUAUGUUCCAAAAUUGAAAAUUCUAACUUUGGAUUUUGAGAGACGCAUGGGUCCCCAAGGCACGAGGGAUGGAAAAAUUGUGCCCCAAAAUACUUUGACACACUGCGCAUAAAGUACAGCUUAAUAUUAUUUCUUUAUCAUUUUGGGAGUCAUGCUGAUUCACACCACGAAGCUCUGAAAUAAAUUAAUUUGUAACUUCAAA